CUUCACUCCAGAGCCCGACAUGAAUGGAUACUCGAACUUUUCCCCCAGUCCCGGUAGCCCCACCAAGGAGUCAGUGGAGCCUCAGCCCAGCCAGGCUGUGCUCCAGGAAGAUGUGGACAUGAGCAGUGGCUCCAGUGGACAUGAAAACUGCUCCAUGGGGCGGGACUCGCAGGGUAGCGACUGUGACGACAACGGGAAAGAGCUACGGAUGCUGGUGGAACCUUCUGACACCCACUCGAGCCCUGAUGCCUUCAGGUUGAUGAUGACGGAGCCCCAGCACAACCCGUCCACGAGCGGCUGCAG